AUGCGCAUCUCUCUUGCUACCGCUUUCGCUAUCCUCGCUGCUACUGCCGCUGCCAACCAGGCUGGUCCUGCUGACAGCGACAUCUCGACUCCUUUCAACAACCAGUCUGCUGGUAUCAUCGAGCCUGCCGUCGAGACUACUGACGAGAUUGACGAGAUUGACGACUUUGAGGAGGAUGGCAACCAGCGCGGCUUUGGAGGGUUUGGCAGAGGUCUUGGCAAGCUCGGUGGAGAGGUUGGUUCCGAUAUUUUCGGAGACCUCCUUGGCUCAUUGCUGCAGGGUGGCUUCAACCAGCGUGGUGGUCGUGGUCGCGGCAGCGGUCGUGGAAAGGACUUCCUGAGCGACCUGGGUGUCGAGCUGAUUGGCACUGGUGUCGGCGCCGGUCUGGAUGCUGCCAUUUACAACCAGCGCGGCGGCCGUGGUCGCGGCAGCGGUCGUGGAAAGGACUUCCUGAGCGACCUGGGUGUUGAACUGAUCGGCACUGGUGUCGGUGCUGGACUUGAUGCUGCCAUCUACAACCAGCGUGGUGGUCGUGGUCGCGGUAGCGGUCGCGGCAAGGACUUCCUGAGCGACCUGGGUGUCGAGCUGAUUGGCACUGGUGUUGGUGCUGGACUUGAUGCUGCCAUCUACAACCAGCGUGGCGGUCGUGGCCGCGGUAGCGGUCGCGGCAAGGACUUCCUGAGCGACCUGGGUGUCGAGCUGAUCGGCACUGGCGUCGGUGCCGGUCUGGAUGCUGCCAUCUACAACCAGCGCGGCCUUGGAGGGUUUGGCAGGGGUCUUGGCAAGUUUGGUGGAGAGGUUGGCUCUGAUAUUUUCGGAGACCUCCUUGGCUCAUUGCUGCAGGGUGGCUUCAACCAGCGUGGUGGUCGUGGUCGCGGCAGCGGUCGCGGCAAGGACUUCCUGAGCGACCUUGGUGUUGAGCUGAUUGGCACUGGUGUCGGUGCUGGUCUGGAUGCUGCUAUCUACAACAACCAGCGCAGCUUCGAGUAUGACGACGCGGACUUUGAGGAGGAUGACAACCAGCGCAGCCGCAAGGGUGGUCGCCGCCCUCAUCUCAGCGACCGCACCAAGGACUUCCUGGGUGAUUUGGGUGUCGAGGUUAUUGGCACUGGUGUCGGCGCUGGCCUUGAUGCUGCCAUUUACAACUAG